GGGGCGGAAGAUUCAUCCUACCAGCCUUGAAGUAACCCACCACCUGAAGAAAAAGACGAUUCUUUCUUACAUUCAACUUUGAUAUUUGGGAACUUAUUAUUAAAAGCCCCCAUGCAUUUUCCAACAAUAAUUCAAAUUCCAAAACUGCAACGAUUCAACAAAAGGAGAGGAAACGGCAAGGAUCCUCCUCCCAUCACCGCCUGCCGCUUAUUAUUACAUGAAGAGGUGGCUCUCAAAGCUCCUUCAUAAAACCCUCAGAAGAUCGAAAUCAACCCACACUCAGCCCGAUCCCGAGAAAAUUAGGGAUCCCAUGGCUGACCCGCAAAGCAGCAGUAUUGGUAACGAUAAAGAUGAGAUGUCACCAGUGGUUGAUUUGCAUACUAACUCCACUAUGAACAUCAUUGACAACCAUGACUUCUCUAAAGGGCUAGAUUCUUGGUAUCCAAAUUGCUGUAAUGCUGCUAAUGCAUAUGUAGCAUCAGAAGAAUCUGGUUUGCUUAGUGGAAUUACUGCAAAUUCUGGAGUGAACUAUGCAGUUAUGACAUCACGAACUGAAUGCUGGCAAGGUUUGGAACAGGACAUCACAGGAAAAGUUACAGUUGGCACUUCAUAUAACGUCUCAGCCUAUGUUAGAAUUUGUGGGAGUCUUCAGGGACCGGCAGAUGUCCUAGCAACUCUGAAAUUAGAGUAUCCUAAUUCUGUUACUAACUAUUUGUCUAUAGGAAGAAUCCCUGUCAAUGGUAAUCGUUGGGAGAAACUGGAAGGGUCCUUUUCUUUGACAAACAUGCCCAGUCGAGUUGUUUUCUUUCUGGAGGGGCCUCCUCCAGGUGUGGACCUGCUCAUUGACUCAGUGAUUAUCUCUUAUUCCUGCCUUGAGCAGUUUGAGAGGUCACCAGUGGUUGAUUUGCAUGCCAGUUCUGCUACCAACAUCGUUGAGAACCACGACUUCUCUAAAGGGCUGCAGUCUUGGUAUCCAAAUUGUUGUCAGGCAUAUGUAGCUUCAGGAGAACACAGUUUUCUUAAAGGCGCUGCUGCAUAUUCCGGAUCAAGCUAUGCUGUUGUGACGAAACGAACUGAAUGCUGGCAAGGUUUGGAACAGGAAAUCACAGGAAAAGUUACAGUCGGCACUUCAUAUAAGGUCUCAGCCUAUGUUGGAAUUUGUGGGGGUCUUCAGGGACUGACAGAAGUCCAAGCAACGGUGAAAUUAGAGUAUCCCAAUUCUGAUACAAACUACUUGUCGGUAGGAAGAAUCCCUGUCAAAUGUAAUUGUUGGGAGAGACUGGAAGGGUCUUUUUCUUUGGUAAACAUGCCCAAUCGAGUUGUAUUCUACCUUGAGGGGCCUCCUUCAGGUGUGGAUCUGCUCAUUGAUUCUGUGAUUAUAUCUUGUUCAAGCCUCGAGCAGUUUAAGGAAAGCAAAAGAUUUAUUGAUGGCGAUGUGAACAUCAUAUUAAACCCUUGCUUCGAGGAUGGUGUAAAUAAUUGGUCGGCCAGAGGUUGCAAGAUUUUUGUACAUAACUCAUUGGGAGAUGGGAAAAUAACUCCAUUAUACGGAAGGUUUUUUGCUUCUGCUACUGACCGCAAACAGAGCUGGAACGGUAUCCAGCAGGAUAUCUGUGGUAAGGUGAAGAGGAAGCUUGCAUAUGAAGUCACUGCAGUGGUUAGAAUAUUUGGGAAUGCUAGUGCAAAUGUUUGCGCUACUUUGUGGGUGCAAUCUCAAAAUGGCCGUGAACAAUACAUAGGCAUUGCCAGUUUGCGGGCAUCAGAUAAGGAGUGGGUGACAUUGCAAGGGAAGUUUCUAUUGAAUGGUAUUGCCUCAAAAGCUGUGAUCUAUCUAGAAGGACCGCCGAUGGGUACUGAUAUCCUGGUUAAUAGUUUAGUAGUAAAACGUGCCAAGAAACUUCUUCGGUCAUCUUCACCUGAUAUCGAGGGACUGAAAGGUGAGAUGGUCCAUUCGCGUGGUAUUCACGAUAUCAAUAUCAUAUCAAAUCAUGAUUUUUCAAGUGGACUUCUGUCUUGGUCCCUCAAUUCUUGUGAUGGAUACGUCGUCUCAGGGGAAUCUAGUCUUUACAAAGGAGUUACUGCAGUCACUGGAAUGAACUAUGCUAUUAUCACAAAUCGUACAGAAGCCUGGCAAGGCUUGGAACAGGAUAUUACAAGCAAAAUUUCAGUUGGUCCCACAUACAGUGUCUCUGCAUAUGUUAGAACUUGUGGAGGUCAAAAUGAACCUGCUCCUGUCAUAGCAACCCUCAAACUGGAGUAUUUGGAUUCUCCCCCAAGCUUUGUUUUUGUUGGAAGGACUUUAGUGUCAAAAGAGCAGUGGGAGAAGUUGGAAGGCUCUUUUUUCCUAGAGAGCAUGCCAACUCGUGUAGUUUUCUUUAUUGAAGGGCCUCCUCCUGGUAAAGAUUUGCUUAUAGAUUCUGUCAAAGUUUUUCACUCGGGUUUGAGGCAUUCACCGAAGAUGUUAUAUGGAGUUAACAUAAUUGACAAUAGCAACCUGAAUCAAGGUCUGAAAGGUUGGAGUCCUCUAGGUUCAUGUACUCUAAGUAUAUGUGACGGUGCACCCUAUGUGCUUCCAGCUGUUGCAAGGGAUUCCCUUAGCCACCAUGAACCACUCAGUGGUCGUCAUAUUGUUGCUACUAAUCGUACAGAAAUCUGGAUGGGCCCUUCUCAAACAGUCACAGGCAAACUUAAGUUGCACUUGACAUACCAAAUAGCUGCCUGGGUCCGUGUAGGAUCAGGAGCAAGUGGGCCCCAAAAUGUUAAUGUUGCCCUCGGUGUUGAUGACCAAUGGGUCAAUGGCGGGCAAGUUCAAGCUACGAAUGACAGAUGGAAUGAAGUAAGCGGGUCAUUUAGAAUUGAGAAACAACCAUCGAAAGUUAUAGUUUAUGUUCAAGGUCCUCCGCCAGGUGUUGAUCUGAUGGUUGCAGGGCUUCACAUGUUUCCUGUUGAUAGGAAAGCACGAUUCGAACUUCUCAAGGAGAAAACAGAUAAGGUCAGAAAGCGUGAUAUUGUCCUGAAAUUUCGAGGGAAGGAAAGUAGCAAUGUUCCCGGUGUAUCUGUGAAAGUUACACAGGUGAAGAAUAGCUUUCCCUUUGGUUCGUGCAUCAAUAGGUCAAACAUCGAGAACGAAGAAUUCGUUGAUUUCUUCUUGAGAAAUUUCAAUUGGGCAGUGUUUGGGAACGAGCUGAAAUGGUAUGCAAUUGAGCCAGAACAAGGGAAGUAUAACUAUAAAGAUGCUGAUGAGAUGCUCGACUUCUGUAAGAGACAUGGAAUAGAGACUAGAGGCCACUGCAUCUUUUGGGAAGUUGAAGAUACUAUUCAGCCAUGGGUCCGAUCAUUGAACCAGAACGAUCUGAUGAUAGCCAUCCAAAAUCGCCUUAGAGGUUUACUAUCUAGGUACAAAGGUAAGUUCAGACACUAUGACGUAAACAAUGAGAUGCUUCAUGGGUCUUUCUAUCAGGAUAGGCUAGGAAAAGAUAUCAGAGCCUACAUGUUUAGAGAAGCACAUAAGAUGGACCCUUCCGCUACUCUUUUUGUUAAUGAUUAUAAUGUUGAAGACGGAUGUGAUUCCAAAUCUACCCCUGAGAUGUACGUGCAGCAGAUUCUUGAUUUGCAAGAAAGAGGUGCACUGGUCGGAGGAAUCGGUAUACAAGGCCACGUCAGUAAUCCGGUGGGCCCGAUUGUUUGUGCUGCCUUGGAUAAGUUGGAGAUAUUGGGUCUCCCCAUUUGGUUCACUGAACUAGAUGUUGUUGCAUCAAAUGAACAUGUUCGAGCUGAUGAUUUGGAGGUUAUGCUUCGUGAAGCCUAUGCACAUCCUUCGGUUGAGGGAAUUGUGCUGUGGGGAUUUUGGGAAUUGUUCAUGUGCAGGGAGGGUUCUCACUUGGUUGAUGCUGAAGGUGACAUAAAUGAAGCUGGUCAACGGUACCUUGCUCUAAGGAAAGAAUGGAUGUCGCACGCUGAUGGACAUAUCAACACCGAUGGAGAGUUUAGAUUCAGAGGGUAUCAAGGGACAUACAAUAUAGAGGUUACUACACCACGGAAGAAAUCAUCACAGUCUUUUGUUGUUGAAAAGGGGGAGACUCCUCUUGUAUUAACCAUAAACUUAUAGUUUGUUUCAUGAUUAUAGUUAAUACAAAUAGUAGAACUAUAUGAUAUCUGAAAAGUGCUUCUUGGAGGUUCUACAUGGAAGCCGAGGCUGUUGUAGCAUUUGUCGCCUUUUAUACUGAAUAAAAUUACACUUGUUUUUUAUUCUCCCCGUAUUCUUUUGUGCCCGUACACAACCUUGAUGUACAUCGUUAUGAACCUCUCUGAUGUUAACUCUCUUGCAAUUGUAAUAGUUGUAUGUACUAUUUGCACUGUGUGUUAAUUUGCGUACUCUGCAAUCACAAUCUAAAUUUGAAUCUCGCUUUUCUUUUCUC